AUGACUGAUAUACCAUCGAGUUUUCUUUGUCCAAUAACACAUGAAUUGAUGACAGAUCCAGUUAUUGAUCCCGAUGGAAAUAGUUAUGAACGUGCAGCCAUUGAAAGUUGGCUCCAUCAACAGAAGAAUUCGCCUAUUACUCGCACUCAAUUGAAUACGAGCGACCUUCGUCCCAACCGUGCAUUACGUGAGAGCAUAGAAGAAUUUCGAAGUAAACAAAUCUCAUCAAAUAACACUUCACAAAUAAGUUCUAUUGCUACUGCAAGUAGCCAAUCAUUUGAUUUAAAAGUAACAAGUAGUUGGAUGAAUGAUUUUACUCAUAUAUCAAUUCAACCACCAGAAAGUGAUGGGAUACGAGCCCCUUGUGAUAUAUGUUGUGUUGUUGAUACAUCCGGUUCAAUGGCAACUGAAGUUGAAAUUCAAGGAACAUCAAAUGAUAAAGAAAGAUAUGGUUUAUCACAAUUAGAUCUUGUUAAACAUGCAUUAAAAACAAUUAUUCAUUCAUUAACACAAAAUGAUCGUUUAUCUAUUGUUUCAUUUGCUAACAGUGCAUCGACUCUAUUUAAAUUACGCGAAAUGAAUGGAGAUGGUCGUUCGAGUGCAUUAGCUGCUCUUGAACGACUCGAAGAUAAUGGACAAACAAAUUUAUGGGAUGGUUUACGAACUGGUUUAGAAGUUUUAGCUGAAGGACAACGAAAAUCAGGAAGUAAUGUUGCAUUAUUUCUAUUGACAGAUGGUUGCCCAAAUGUUGAACCACCACGUGGACAUCUGCAGACAUUAGUCACAUAUAAAAAGAAAAAGAAUUUCACAUGUUCAAUAAAUACAUUUGGGUUUGGAUAUAGUUUAGAUAGUAAAUUAUUAGAAGAUCUUUCUCAAAUUGGCAAUUGUGGUACCUACGCAUUUAUUCCGGAUGGAUCGUUUGUUGGUACCAUAUUUGUUAAUGCUAUUUCGAAUUUAUUAAUAACAGUCGCAACAAAUGUACAAUUAACGAUUGGCGAUAUUCAACCCAUCCUUGAUCCAUCAUCAAAAUAUAUUUGUCAUUACUCCACAGAUACAUCAAAUAGCAAGGUCUUCGAUGGACCUUCUCUAUCUGUUAAUUUGGGCUCAAUUACAUUUGGGCAAAGUAAAGAUCUUGUUAUUCCAAUGGCUAUGGACCAAUUUCAACGGAUGAGUAUUCAACUUGAUUACGAAUCUCCACAUGGACAGAAAAAGAAACAAUUUAAAUCAAUAAAAAAACUUGAUGCAGACAUUAAAGUAUUCAAUAAUCAAAAAUAUCGACUCAUAUUAGUUCAUGUUAUUCGUAACGGUUUCGAAUUAUUACGUGCUUCUGGAGCCAAAUUUACUGAUAUCCAAGGAAGUGUAUUAAACGAUAUUGCAGAUUUAGAACAAGCAAUAAAAAAUCAUUCAAGUAAUAAUAACUAUUUAACUGAUCUACUUACAGAUCUUACUGGUCAAAUAAUGGCUGCUUUUUCUCGACAAGAUUGGUUUAAUAAAUGGGGUGUUCAUUAUUUACCAAGUAUUACACGUGCUCAUUUACUGCAAGUGUGUAAUAAUUUUAAAGAUCCAGGUGUUCAACAUUAUGGUCAAGGCCAAUUAUUUAAUUCAGUUCGAGAUGAAAUGGAUAGUAUAUUUUGCGGUUUACCAGCACCAAAGCGUCCGCAGUCUGGUGCAACAAUUGAUAUGUCUGUAUUUAAUAAUUCUGACAAUCCAUGUUUUCAUGGUUCAUGUACAGUGAAACUGUUUGAUGGUUCCAUCAAAUUAGUUAAAGAUAUUCGACGAGGCGAUCGAUUAUAUCCACAUGGUGGUACAGUAAAUUAUGUUUUAAAAACUGCUUGUAAUAAUAGACAAGCACAAAUGGUUUUGCUUGACACUGGUCUUAUAAUUACACCAUGGCAUCCAAUUUGUUUGAAUGGUACUACAUGGGUAUUCCCUUGUUCACUUGUUCCGUCUCCAACGAAUAUUGCAUGUGAAGCAGUGUAUAGUUUUGCUUUGGAGCAAGGACAUACAGUAUGGAUAAAUGACAUUGAAUGUAUUACAUUAGGCCAUGGUUUUAAAGAAGAUAUUGCACGACAUGUUUACUAUGGGACAGAGCGUAUUAUUGAAGAUUUAAGAAUAAUGGAUGGACAACAACAAUGCACAGGAUUCAUUGAAAUAGAACCUAAAUGGGUGAUUAGAAAUAAACGAAUGGGUCUUGUUAAUGGUAUUCGACAACCUGAGAAUAUUGAUAGCAUCGAUGACUAA